AUGAAGACCUUAGUUGUGAGUUCAGAACCUGUUUGUUUUCUCGCCCUUGGAUUAGCUAGUGCUUCAGAACAGAGGAUCAAGCGAAGUUGGUCUCAUGGAGCUGUCGUCCCAGGAGCAGCUACUCAUGGAGUUGUAGUACCCGGAGCCGUAUCCCAUGGAGUUGUGGUACCAGGAGCUGUGUCCCAUGGCGCUGUCAUCCCAGGAGCUGUAUCCCAUGGCGUUGUAGUCCCAGGAGCUGUAUCUCAUGGCGCUGUCGUUCCAGGAGCUGUGUCCCAUGGUGCCUCUAUCGUUGGUCCCGUGAAUGGAGGUGCUGCCCUCGCUGGUCCCGUUAAUGGCGGUGCUCACCUGGCCGGACCCGUCAAUGGUGGAGCAGCUAUAACUGGUCCCGUUAACGGAGGAGCUCACCUUACUGGUCCAGUCAAUGGUGGAGCUCAUCUUACUGGCCCAGUCAAUGGUGGAGCCGCACUUUCAGGUCCAGUCAAUGGAGGAGCAUACCUCACCGCCCCCGUCAACGGAGGAGCUCACCUCACUGCCCCCGUCAACGGAGGAGCUCACCUCACUGCCCCCGUCAACGGAGCCGCAUACCUCACCGCCCCUGCAUAUGGAGGAGCUCACCUCACCGCCCCUGCAUAUGGAGGAGCUUACCUCACCGCCCCCACCUAUGGAGGAGCCCUCCUAGGAGCCCCAGUGGUGGCCUCCCCGUUAUUGGCUGCUCCAUCCCUGGCCUAUGGCGGCCUCUACGCCGGAAACCAUGGUCAUUGGGUGCAUUAACGCUUACCUCCUUCGAUGACUGAUAUAUAUACUAUGUAAAUAUAUUUGUUAUUUAUAGCACUACAA